AUGUCAGCCGCUGCCGGUACAUUGAAAACGACCUCAUCACCAAAACCUAAGCCUCAAAAUAUGGCAUCAUUCAGCAUGUUAAAUUUCGACGAAGCCAAAAAUUCGUACAUUGAGGAAGAAGACAGAACAUACAUCUAUAAUACAACCAAUGAAGGUGUUUCUUCGGAAGAGGAGGACGAUGAUGAAGCUGAAGACGACGAUGAAAGUGAAAAUCAAGGUUUGUCAAGAAAAAGCUCUGACACUGAUUUGGACGUAACUGAUUCAGGGGUAACGGAAAAGCUAAAUUUGAAAAGUCAAAAAGCAGUUGAUACAGCUACUCCACCCCCCGUUCAGGGCAAGUUCAAACAGUUUUUGGUAAAGCAUGAAAUACCCAGAAAAGUGUUUCACUCAUCUAUUGGUGUUUUAACAUUGUGGUUGUAUACUAAGGGAACCACCAUCCCACAAUUGUUUGUUCCAUUAUUCACAUGCUUUUCAGGGGUUUUGAUCAACGAUUUGAUUAGACUCCACAACCCCGAAAUUAACAAGUUUGUCACAUCUCAAAUGUGGUUCAUCAUUCGUGAAAGUGAGAAGAAUUCUUAUAAUGGAACGUUGUUUUACUUGGCAGGUGUAUUAAUUGUGUUAUACUUGUACCCAAAGGACAUCAGUGUUUUAAGCAUUCUAUUAUUGAGUUGGGCUGACACAGCAGCUUCCACAGUUGGGCGCAAAUGGGGUAAGUAUACACCCAAACUUGGAAACAGAAAGUCUUUGGCUGGUUCAUUAGGUAGCUUUGCAGUCGGAACAUUUGCAGCAUAUUUGCUUUAUGAAUAUUUUAUUCCUGGUUACAAUGUCAACAACCCGGGUGAUAUCUACUGGACCCCAGAGCUGAGUAAGUUAAACAUUCAUAUCUAUUCGAUUCUUGUUGGUUUCAUUGCUAGUAUCUCCGAGCUUAUCGAUAUUUGGGGCUUGGAUGAUAAUUUUACAAUUCCUGUAUUAAGCGGAACAUUAAUUUAUUGGCUAGUUCGUGUGUUCCAUGUUUAG